UAACGAGUAGUUUCGGAAAUUGACGAGUAAAUACGAUUAUCGUCAUACAGUAUAACAUUGGAGGAGGCCCCUCUCUGCCGAGAGCAGGAACGUCCCUAUCUUCAAAAUGACACCGAGGACAGGCUGUGCUAUAUUUUUCUUCUUGUGUCUGGGGCUGGUUACCAAGGUUGACUCCUUCUGUCCUGUUAACCCCAGGCAUGGUCAUUGGGAUGAAGAUACAGUAAAGGGUCGAUGUAUAUUGAGAUGUGAUGGUGGAUAUGAACCCUCCGGUUGUCAUGUUAUCCGAUACUCACACAGAGAGGGAAAAUGGAACCAUGAUUUCCCUAGUUGUCAAAAAGAGUGGCCGGUAUCGGGAAAGACUCUGGCGGCGGUAGGGACCGGAGUCGCCGCUGUGGUAGCCACACCUGUGGUUUUAGCUGGAGCGGGAUUCACCGCCGCAGGAGUAGCAGCAGGUUCCAUAGCCGCUAUGAUUCAGACCCCGUUUACAGCGGUGGGUAGCUGGUUCGCUUUGUCACAGAGUGCUGGUGUGAUAGGGACGGCGGCCACCACUAAAGGGGCAAUAGGAGCUGUAACAGGGGCGAUAACCUAUGCGACGUCCUCUAUGUUCUCUAACUGUGAAAAAGAAUAACUAGCUUUUGUUUUCAUUAGCCUAUAAUAAGCGAAUUCAUUAAAUCUUUCUUGAGAAA